AUGAUAUCACAGGAGAAGAUGCCCAACCUAACCGACAUCAACAAACUCAUGUAUUCCACAGCAAGUGUCCUAGCUGGCGAACUAAAGACAAGGCAGAGGACAGACAUUAAUACAGUGGAGUGCCCAUGGAAGAGACGGAUAAGAAAUUCUAUAGAGUCAUAUCGAAAAGACUUGUCUAUCAUCCAUGAGUACAAAAAAAUAAACGAUGGCCAACCCUCUAAAUACGCAGAUGAGUUCAGGGGCUUGUUCAUGAAGUAUGAUGGUGUGGAACCAGCUCUUAAACCAAGCCUACCAAAGCUAAUAAUAAAACCCCAUACAUCUGAGUAUAUCGCUGAAGUUAACAAAGUAAUAGAUAACGAGAUUACAGAAGAUACAACCUUGACUGAGCUCCAUAGCCUGUUGUACAUUGGAGCACUUACAGUCCUAAAAUUAAAUGAACAGAGAGUUGGCGAACAAUGUGACCAGGUCAUCCCUACCAACAAUUACAAGAGGUUCAUACUUAAGAACUUGCAACAGUCUGAUAAAUGCAGGUACGGCUGUCAGGACUCCGAAACACACGUAACUGGUGGAUGCCAAGCAUUCGCUCCAACGGACUAUAAGGAGCGCCACGACAUAGCUGCCAAAAUCAUUCACCAGGAGUUGGCAUACAAAUUAAAACUGACCGAAUGUAAGCUACAGUACUACAAAUAUACACCGCAAUGUGUCCUCGAGAACGACAAGUAUAAACUAUACUGGGAUCGCACUGUGCUUACGGAUCAAUACAUAAAACAAAACAGACCUGACAUAAUCAUUGUCGACAAGGGCGCCCAGAAAGUAACACUGAUUGAUGUGGCCAUACCUAAUAGUAACAAUUUAACAUACAAAAAUAAUGAGAAAGUUGCAAAAUACAGGGAGCUAGAAUUUCAAAUUAAACGCCAGUGGAAAAUGAAGUACGUGGAAACAAUACCAAUAAUAAUGUCAUCUACAGGGGUGAUACCAAGAAGCCUGCUAGAAAACAUCAAAGCACUGGAACUGAGUGAAAACAUUCACAAAAUCAUACAGAAAGGAGUUUUGCUGGCAACUGCCCGCAUAGUAAGAAAAUUUAUGGGAAAUGCAAGUACCUAG